AUGCUCACGAUUAAUCGAGUGACUUAUGGCGAUGCUGGUCAAUACACAUGCAGCGCUAAAAACAGUGAAGGGAAAAAUGAAGCAGCUUUUCAUAUUAAAGUCACAGGUAAAUGUUGACUUACGUAUUUUCGUUAUAUUGCUCUUCUCAUUUUCUGUUGUUCUUUUUGAACUUUCACUUUUUUGAAUUGGACUUGUUACUUCUAUGCCCAGGUCCUCCUGAAAUCAACCCUGAGCUCAGGAAUCAGUCGGUUACAUAUAAUACAUCGCUUCAAUUCAAAUGCUCUCAAAACGGCUUCCCUACACCUGAGAUACUCUGGACUAAAGAUGGGGUGAAUCUUGGUAACAACAACACUCUCACAAUUAAUCGAGUGAGUUAUGGAGAUGCUGGUCAAUACACAUGCAGCGCUAAAAACAGUGAAGGGAAAAAUGAAUCAGCUUUUCAUAUUACAGUUACAGGUAAAUAUUGACUUACUUUUGUUUCUCUCAGUUUCUAUUCUCAUUUUCUAAUUUUUCUUUUCAUACUUUCACCUUGUUUUUAAAUUGUACUAUUGAAUUCUAUGCCCAGGUCCUCCUGAAAUUAGUACUGAGCUCAAGAAUCAGUCGGUUGCCUAUAACUCGUCGCUUGAGUUCAUUUGCUCUCGAAGCGGUUUCCCUACACCCGAGAUACUCUGGACUAAGGAUGGGGUGAAUUGCGGUAACAACAACACUCUCACGAUUCGCCAAGCGAGAUUGGAAGACUCUGGUCAAUACACUUGCAGCGCCAAAAACAGCGAAGGAAGCAAAAACUCAACUUUCUGGAUUGAAGUGGCGGGAGGUACGGUUCUUAUUUACAAAUAGAAAGAACUGAAGUCGAUAAUCAAUUUGGAUCUUUGGUUGGAUGAGGAUAAAAUCGUUUCUAUGAUACCAAAUCAAAUUUAAGGACUUGAAACCACAAGAGUUUCAAAAUUGACUAAAAAUAAUAAAAAAGUACUUAAUUGAUGAUAACAUUUAAAGGGCGAGAACAUGCCAACUUAUCAAAUGUAAAUGAAUUUCGUGAUCAGACAUUUACUUAAUUUUUGGGCAGUUUAAACAGAUUGCCUUUUGGAGCGUCGAGCAAUUUUGACUUUAUAGAUAUCACCAUGUUUUGUCGCGGCAUUUAUUAUAAAAGUCCGUUUAAAUUUUUUAAUUACCUUUUUGUCUGCUUCUUAAAUAACAAUGGCUGACAAGUCAUGAUUUCAUGUACAUUUUUAGAAGUGCAAAAAUGUCAAAGUGGCUAUCAGUGCAUUAUUAUUUAAGUAUUUAUUACUGAAGUUGGAAAGCGAAACAUCCAUGUAAACUUUUCAUUGAGUUGAAAUUUGAAAAAUCAGCGACCAAAACUAAAAAGAAAUACAUGAAAAUAAUGCCGCUGUUACAUCUCCAUGAACUUGUACUCUUGCUACAACGGACGAUCUGAGUGUUUAAAAUGAAAGAUUUAACGUUACGUUUUCAUGGAAUGCAAACCUUUUAACCAUUACUAUUUGGGUAUUCUUCAAAGUAAAUGUGUAGUUUGAACUCAGAGAAACUGGUAAUCCUUGAACAUGGUAGCACGGGGUGUUGAUAUUACACCUAACAACCAGUAAGAAAAGAAUGAAGAAAUUAAUAAAUAGGUGACUAAAUUGUUACAUCCUGGGUUGUUGCUAAGAUAGGAAAUCUUUUAAGAAAAUAAAAGAAUAUUUUGAUGUCACAUCGGGCUGACUUAUACCUUCCUAUAUCAAAAGUGAAGAAAACUAAUUUCAAAAUAACCUUGGAUUAAAAAUAGACUUGGCAAUAACGUAAUUUGCUUUUAUUUCGAAACUAGUUAACUUAGGGUUGGAUAAGGGAGGGGGGAGAGGGGGUUAAAAUGGAAAAUGCGACCCUUUGUUUAGCUUGGUGAUCUUUUUACUUCAAGUCUCUCCCCAGAUCAUUCAGCCUCCGAAAAGCCAAUUUCUUACGGAAGGAUACCCUGUAAACCUUAAUUGCGUAGCCUCGGGUAUUCCAACACCAACCUUGGUCUGGACUUUUAAUAAUGGUGACCUGCCAUCUGGUAUCAAUCAAACCGAUCACGAAGGAGAAUCAUUCCUAGUUUCGCCAAGUGUCACGAAAGGGAUGAAUGGGACUUACAAGUGUACAGCAAAAAACAAAGCAAACACAACCAGUUCCUCAGCAACUCUGCAUGUUUAUGGUAAGUUCAGUUAAAAUGAUAUUGAUGAUGAUAAUGACUACGACGACGAUAAGGACGUUGAUGAUGACGAUGAUAAUGUUGAAGAUGAAAAAGAGAAAUAGGGAGAGAAGAAAUAAAGACAGAAAUAUGAACUUGUAAAUCCAUGGCAAUGGCGACGGAGAAAAGGAACAGCGCGAAGAUAAUUUAGGCAAACUCGGCCCACUUGUAUAUAGGGCAGAUAACGCUAUCUAACGGUUAAAUAUUUAUCCGGUCAAUGUGUGAUAGCAAAACGUAAAGCGUUCUCCACUAGAUAGAGUUUUAUCCAGUGGAUAGUGUUAUUCACCCUUCGAGCAACCGGGGCCUGACCUUCAAAAACCUGGUGAUAUCAAUGCUUAAUACUUAUGUCCUUGGAUCUUUAUGGUUACACACGCAAAGAACUGCGUAGAUCUGGGUAGGAAAGAAACGCCAAGGAAAAAGGACAAGUGAUGGCACAACAGAGAGUUGACUGAUUCCAAAUACUUGACGAUUUGCAAUGUACUUUCAAGCUGGAAAAAUCUGAAGAAGAGAAUUCCGAGACGGAGAUCCAGAAACUCUGAAGAAAGCAAAAAGAAAGCGAGACGCAAAAGCCAAAGUUAAAUACGACACACGAUUGUAUUCUCUACAUUGAGAAACAAAACUAGAACAGAGGAAAAUACCUAUAGCGAAUACGCUUCUAUCCGUGACUGAAAUCGGAGGUCGAAUAACGAUUAAGCAUUCCCUCGCAUCCUCAAUUCUCUUAGAUCUCUCCGCGAAGUCGAUUUAUGGCUUUUUUUAAAUCGCAAUGUUACUUAGCCAAUGAGGAUGGAGAAUAUCACAGAGUCAAGAUUUACGGAUUUACACGCUGAAAAAGCACGAAGUAAAAUUUUCUUCCCAAGUUUCCGUCUGUAACAUUAUAAAAAUCGGCUUUCAGGACUGUUUAUUAAACCAAAGAUGACUGAGGAAUUAUGCGGAAUAGAAAGCAUGCAGAGCAAAAACACAAAAGAGGAAACAGGGAGUCGGUUUGUACAAGAAAUCUCAUUGGUUAGCUGCGCACACCUGUUCGAUUUCCGAUACUACCAACUUAUCCAUAAACUACCAUAUGGACAGACUUUCCAAGAAGUAUUUUCUAUCGAUUGAAAUGUCAUAACAGCUCUUGAUUCUAGUUCCGUCUAUGAAACCCAUAAUUUAUCCAUGGAAAUUUAACCGUGUCAGCUUGAGAAAAUGUUGUAAGUCCACUCGAGAAAAUGUAGUAAGUCCACUCUCCUCAGGAAGUGAUAGAAAACCACCUAAUGAAGUUGUUGUAGUACUUUAGAAUUUAGACGGACGAUCAUCUACUUGAAAUCACACCCACUACCGCAGUGCUGGAAAAGUAAGAAACUUCGUGUUGCAUGACUCACUUGUUGUGUCCUUUUUGCACAAGGGUGCAGAAAAAAGAACAAGAGAAGAUGGAACAUUAUAAAGACCUUAAUUUAGAAGUUCAGCGGAGGAUCUGGGUCGGUUGAAACAGUAACCAGGAAAUUUUAAACAUAAGGGCUUCAAGCUUGUUCUGAAACUCUUCCUAAACCUCACAAAACUCACAAGGAAACACUUUUCUCUUUUUUUUUCACUUAAAGCAACCUGUUCGAAUCAUUCCUAUAGAGGUCGCAUUUGACUCGUUUCGUUUCCAUGUUUGUUUUUGGCGUGUUUCUAAUGCAGUUGAAGUUUUAAUGUGACACUAGCAUUCUAACGAAUUGCCCCUUUUUCAACGCAGGAAAAGCCUCUGCUCAAGUUGUUUCAGAGAAAUACAUAACGCUCAUUAAAGGAUAUGCCCUGGCAUUGACCUGCAAAUUCAACGAAGAAACAAUAAACAUAACGUGGAAAAAAGAUGGAGAAACAAUAACAGAAAGAGCAGUUAUAGAAACACGAUUAGACGAGACAAAGAGUAAACUUGCUCUUACUGAAGUUGUGGAAGAGGACAGUGGUGAAUAUUCUUGUGAAGCACGCAACAAGCUAGGAACUGUGGCUCGCUCUGUUGUGAUAGUAAAUGUCAAAGGUAAGCUGUUUAAGGAACUACAUAUAAUUUUAGUAAUUAAAUUACUUUCCUACUAAAAACUUUUCUUCUUUUAUUUGAUAAAACGAGUUUGAAACAGAGGUUCCCCUUUCUCUGCAGCUCACUGAAGUGGUUUGUUUUUCCAAAUUUAUUCCUGACCCUUGGCUGCUGUCGUUUUUGGACUGGCGCUCAUUUCAUACAUUAAAAAAUUUUGCGUUUAAACAGGUAAAAUGUUACCAUUUUACGAAAAUAAAAUGCCUUCAUACGGCAGAUUGUGGCUUUUAAUACGUCAGUGUUUUGGAGCACGAAGGAGCUAUUUAAAGCAGGUCAUAUUGUGCAUUUCCAGCGCUGAUUUGGUACCUCUACAGUCUCGGCAAAGGCCAUUACUAAUCAAAUUACAAAAACGUUACAAAUUAUAUGAAACUAAUUACCAUGAUAACCCACCUUAUUCCUUCUCCUGUUGUUUGACAACAGAGUCAAAUAUAAGUUACACGUGGUUUCUGAGUCGCAAGCUUUAAUUUAGUUAAUGAUGUCAUUCUUACUCACAACGAAGCGAUUUCUUUCAUCUGUUUCCACACAUCCUUUGACAAUAGCCCCACCUGAGGUGCCACCUAGGCUGCGGUAAGUGAAUUCCCUUUUUAAUGCUCAAUGUCUGAACGUGUGGUUAUUUCCGAAGUUUCUAACUCUUGAAUAAGUCUCAGUAGAGUAGUGAUAAGCGCCACUGCUGAGUAAAUACGUCUUUUUUUUUCUGUUCGGACUGACUAUGUUCACCAUUAAGAGCACACUGGCCGAAAUAAAAGGUCUUUUAUUUCGAACCAGCAGCAGUUUUCGAAGCCGUUCUUAUCAAAUGGCAAUCGAAUGUUUCCUAACAUCCUGUCUGUUUUGGAUUCGUCCGUCCUUCACUUGUUUUGACAUCUUGUUUAGUACCUUUUUUUUUUGUUACCAGUACGCUAGGUUGUGGGUGGCGUACUUUUAAAGAAGAAGAGAAGCUUUGACCCUUCGUCACUCUUUGUUACAGAAACUACAGUUGAAAUACACUCGGAGUCUUGUAGACCGAUUUAUAAUAAUAUUACUCGAUGUAUCGAUUGUGGACAAUACUUCGGAUGGUUUUAAUUAGUAUUUCAUUUCUCGCGUAAGAGGCACGAUAUUUAUAUGACGUAAAAUGCCGAAAAACACAGUCGGCGCUAAGUUUAUUCGAUAAAAUCUCCUCUCUGAGUCGAUACGUUCAGUAAAUUAGUAUCUAAAUUUCACCUAUUUCAAUAAUUUUUUCAUUGGCAAGUGAUAAUUUUCUGAAGCACCCGGAAAUAAAAACGAAAAGAAAAAAAUUAAAGUGAAAAUAUAGAGGAUAUCUUUACCACUUUACGUUAAACCAGAUUCAAAGAAGGAAAAGAUAGAUAGCUAACACAGAUAGUUAAAGUCUUGUUUUCAUCUGAAAUUAUUCAGUGAAGGGGACGAUGAAGUUGAGAUGGAUCAGCUGAACGUAAACACAGAUGGAUGGGAGAUUGCAGUUGACCGCCUGAUCCUUCGCGAGCAUAUUGGCAGAGGGGCAUUCGGUUCAGUGUGGCGAGCGCUACUGGGUCGUUCUCGAGGCAGACCUGGAAAUCGCACGGUUGCUGCGAAAUGCUUCCUACGUAAGUACUUACUUACAAAGCUUGAUUAAACUAUCCUUUAUUAAUUUUUUGAGUAAUAUAUCUUAAUAAAGGGCAUUUCACUUAGAAUAUGCUUUAUUAACGUACUUGAUACAUAACAUGGAUAGCUUAAAAACUGUGCGCUGUUAAAAUGAUUUACCAGCUGGCAUGUCAAAUUGUUAGCGGAUGGUUCCCCGGGGGAUCGGUUGUUAAGUCUUUUGUCAUACAACGCUACUACCAUACAACAGAACACGAAUAUCAUUUGAAGUAUUAGAAGCUGCGGAGAAAAAUGAAAAUUUAUUGGUUAAAUUGCAUUCAAGCGAAUAAAAGCGGAAAAUACCAUAAUACUGAAAAUGUCACUCCGUCGUGUAUUUUGUAAAAUUGCUCGCUUAGAAACUUUUGAUGGGAAAUAAUGUCAUGUGACCUCAAAGAAACCUGGAGAGGGUGAGUCUGGCGCAAAAAGCUCAGAGCCAUUUGCCAGUUUAGUGGUGGUAGUACGAUCUUCUUCCGCUGGAAAAGCUGAACGUCAUAAUGCAAUAGAACUUGUAUGAAGCGGUCACCUUGUAAUAAGCGGUCGGUUUUCAAAGUAUCGAAACUUUCCUCCUUUGCUUAUAGUGCUUUUUAUAUCAAACAGUUGUGGUCACCCUUUACUAAGUCCCAACAGCCUAUUUUUAAUGUUCCUUACCUGUAUUGAACGGUCACUAAAGCGGAAGUACUCAAAUAAAAUUAAGAAUAAUCUUUCAAGUAAAAUUGAAUCCAUGUUUAUCUCCCGAAAUCAAUGUUAGUAAUAUUUUUGAGCGAGGUUGUGUAUGUUAAGUGGUCCGUGAUGGCAUAGAGUGGCUUUUUUAAACUUUUAUCAAUAGUAGCCCUAUUCCGUGGAACCUAUAUUAAACGGUCAACCAUUUCCCGUGUGUGACCGCUAAAUACAGGUUCGACUGUAACAAGCUUAUAGAGUCAAACGAAUUUAGAAUAAUUCUGGAAAUGCUAACGAAUUAUUGUAGUUUUUAGUAAGAUAAAAGCAAGGAUUAUGUACCAUAUGAACGGUAGGAAACAAGAACGCUCAAAUAUCUAUUCGACCGACUAUUAGGUAUUAUAACAGGUGCAAUUUCAAGGCUUAAUUGCGUCUCUACUUUUGUAAGUUGUCUGUAAACAAUUGCGCGGUCCAUUGAGCUUGCCUAGUUAACAACAAUGCUCGAGAUGUGCAGCGUUUUCUUAGCAAAUAAUUUUUUCAACAAGGAUGAAUCUACUUUUGAAAUUUCAUGUUCUAUACAACUGAACAAGACGGCUAACUGACAUUUUUGUGGCAAGUAUGGAUUAUAUGGGGUUUAGAAAACUAACUUUUUUUUAUGUAGACCAAAUUUAUUCGAAGUUGCGCUGGUAAUAUAGCACUUAGUAUACAAAAAUGUUUACCACAUAAUUGUGUCUCUCUUGACAUACAAAGUUUGUUUGUUUAUCUAAUUUUUGUGUGGUUUCCCAGCAAUCUCCGGAGAGAAAGGAAGGAAGGCCCUGCUGAGAGAGAUCGAGUUAUUAAAACUCUUUGGAAGGGAGGGCCAUGAAAAUGUUGUUAAGUUCAUUGGUUGUGUUACAGUUGGAGGUAAUCAGCUAUUUUUAUGAAUAUAAUCAGCUAAUUCACAGUAACGAUAAAAACAUAUCCGACGUCAACCAGUAUUGCUUAGAUGGUGUACUAAUUCAAGGGUUAUUUCAAUUUUUGUCUAAUCUAAAGAAAUUUACUUCGCACUGUAUGUAGGCCAUUUUACUUGGAAGAUUUAAGCUCUAAAAUUUACACGCUAAUUGUGAUAAUAGUUUUAACUUACGAUGGGAAGUCUCUGUCUAUUUAUCUGCCAUCCCUAUUUUCCUGCCUUUCUGUUUAUCUGUCUGUCUGUCCAUCUCUCUGUGUGCCUGUCUGUAUUUCUGUAUCUGCUGCAUGUGUCCAUCCGUUUUCUAUCUGCGUUUUUUCCUCUUUGACUUUCCCUCUCUUUAUUAGAUAUAACCAAAUGUAUAAGUAGAUAAAGCAUGUACAAUUUAAACACAUUUUGCAACUUCUACACUGCUUGCCAUAUAAUUUUCUUGUUUUUCCUUCUUAGCUCAGCCAAUACUUAUCAUGGAGUACCUGUGGCGAGGUGACUUGCUGGGCUAUCUCAGAAAAUCCAGGGGGGUUUUCGACCAAUAUCAUCAUGGGGUCGGAGGGGUCGACCACUUGACAACAUAUGACAUGGUGCUGUUUGCUAAACAGAUCGCACAUGGCAUGACUUUUCUCGCGUCCAGAGGGGUAAGUGCUCAAACUCUUUCUGGUCAGUAUGUGAUCCUGCAUGUCUUAAAAUGGCGUGACUUGCAAAUCGUCAAAAGAAUAUUCUGUACAGCUAAAAAGAUCCAGCACAUUAGAAUCACUAUUUCACAGAGAAAUGGUUUGAUAUUAGCAUGAUGUUAAACUUUCUACCUAUAUUUUAUUUUUUAUUUUAUGUAGUUUAUAAAAGUCCCUUUUGGCAGAUCAUAUCAUUUUUUGUUUUCGAUUUCAGAUAAUUCAUCGCGAUCUUGCAGCUCGUAACAUCCUUCUUGAUGAGCAUCGUGUCUGCAAGUUGACUGACUUUGGGCUCUCUUAUCAGGAUUUCAAAUACGGCCCAGGAAAUGCCAAGAGGGUAAUUUUCAGAAUUUUUUCAUCAUUUAGUCAAUUGGUUUUGGGGCUGCUGGUAUGGAAGAUAAAAAAGUGAAGAAUUAAAAUAUUACUGUCCUCACAAACCUUUCUUUUCAGUUAUACAGUUUUACUGCAAAACACAUUUCCCUUCAAUGGGAAGCCGUUCUAAGCGUAUCGAAACUUUCACAGAAAAAAAAAAUUGUACCUAAGGAGUGAACACAGGAAAUAAGAAAGCCGGAAGAGAUAUAGUUCUCUGAAUAGCAAAGAUACAAACUCGAAGGGCAAAGAAACAGGAGAUUUAAAGGAAAAGGAGUGUGUGAAUUGUUUCCAUAGAAUUUGUACAAAGGUGUCUACUGCUCUUGACAUUAUCAUAAGUCCUCACAUCACGGUUUUAAUCUUAUAUGCAAAAUAUUUUAGAAGUUGUAUACAAGGCUCUUUAGAUGUCAGAUGUCUAUAGUAUUUUGAUUACUCAUCCAGGGAUGUAUCCCAAUCAAAUGGACUGCACCCGAGAUUCUCUUUGGACAUGUGGAACAACUGUCAACCAAAAGCGAUGUGUACGUACUGUAUUGGUUAUUAUCAACAUAUAUUCCAAGAGUGAACAUUUUUACGAUUCUACCUUAACUUAGCGAGGAAAACUAGAAUAUUCAGUGCUCUAUUGAUUAGAGGGUCAUUAAGAAACGUCAAGCUGGGAAACAGCUGAGGUUACAGCUGUAGUAUGAGACUUUACAUGAAUAUUAAGUUUAACGAGCAAUAUCCAAAAUCUGAUUAGGAUAAGAACAGACGGAUGAAAGGAUGAGUGGAUAAUCAAACAAAUAAAUAUGGCGUUUUCUGUUAAGGAGGUUGCUUAUGUCUUGAUGGCAUGUUUUUAAACAUCCCAAGUAUCUGAGUGAUUAUAAUCUUUCUACCCCAGUUGAGAUAUAUCGUCAUCCUUCUAUUUCUUUGACAGGUGGUCCUACGGCAUCGUCCUGUAUGAGAUCUUCACUGUCGGUACUUAACUUGUUUGUUACUUUACAUUCAGGAAAUAUACCUGCCGAGAUUGCACGCACAAUUACUAAUUGAUGAGUGAUACCGAGCGAACAAAAGAGCAUUGUGCGAUAGAGAAGUUGAAGCAGUACUCAAUGUUGCUGAUAAAUAAAAUUAUGACGAUGUAUAACAACUUGACAUAAAACUUAAGUUUAAGUAGAACUGAAAGUAUUUAGUACAUUAUUGAAAAACCUUAAAUCCAUCGCUACACUUAAAUUUGUUUUUUUACAGUACUCUUUCAUCUGAUGUAAAACCGAAAUCUAUUUCAGCAAUUAAUUGUCGUUUUCACAGAAGAAUCAUUUCGAUCGCCCUGAGAGGAAUGAAAGUGAUUACAACAAAAAGAGUGUGCUUUUUUGGCGAACAGAAAAAAACAUUAUUUUUCCACAGGAGGCAUUCCUUACGAAGGAUGGUCUCAAUCCACGACAAUGAAAGAAAUCGAAGAAGGUUAUCGUCUGCCAAAGCCUGAACAUAUCGACGACAGUUUGUAAGUGUUGCUUCCUAUGUGUGGAAUGUUAUAUAAGUCAAAAGCAAUAUCGAUUGCUGCUAUGGUCAGGUGUUUUUGAUACUCUUGGUCUGAAUAAGAAGUCUUCCUAAGAAAUUAAUCUUAUCUUGUCAAUACAAAAAUUUAAAUGAAAAGUUGUUGAGUCAAAUAAAGAAUGCGGUGGGUUUUUCAUCACAGAAUUCGUUUGAGCUGCAAUGUAAUGAGAUAAACUUAGCAUUUCAGUUAUUUUUGUAACUAGUUGUGGUUUCUCAACUUUGCUACUUGCAAUAUUAGUGCCUAUCGCGGAAUUACUGUGAUCAUAUGUCCCUGUGUUUUUCUAUAGAUACGCGGUGAUGUUAAACUGCUGGAAAUACGAAAGCGCCAGCCGGCCACACUUUGUGAAGCUCUACCAAACAAUGGAUAUAUAUAUUAAAACAAAGGUUUGCCAUACAGCGUCUAAUUCAGGAUAUACUUUAGCAAUUGAAAUUGGUAUCCUAUCAAGUAAAUUGCGGAUUUCUUUUCACGUCAAUGUGAUGUCAAAACGCAUUAACUACCAAGCCGCUAACAAUUUGUGAAUUCAGUUUCAUCAUGAAACCAAUGUUACUUUUUAAACAUAUGCAAGUGUGGUUACGUCAUGUCAGUCUGGAUCAUCCUUAUUUUCCCUCUGUUGUCUACACACAAGAAAGAACGGAACAGAUCUUAAAAUUACACUUUUGGAAAACUUUGACAGAAAGGGAGACCUUACCCGAAUUUUUUCCUUAUCAAUUCAUGCAAGUACUAAUGGUUCUUGUCUUUGUGACCGAUAUCUGAUCUGCUCUUUUUUUGUCUUUUUAGUGACUCAUUUUUGAAAUUCCUUCGUUCAAGAUUUUUUAACUCAUGCAGUUCCUGAUUAACUUCUAAUCUUUUUCAUAGACAUAUGUAGAUAUCUUUGACGAUGACAAGUAUGAUGAGGAUAAGUACAACUUUGUCGAUGACCGUGGAGCUGUUGCAAACCCAGAAGAUGCAGGAGCGGACGAGCUAGGAGCAGCUGCACCAAAUCCCAUCUGUGGAGUGGGUGAACACGGUGCUAUGGCACAUCCCCUUCUGGUUGCAAUGGACGAUGGCGCUACAGCUUUCCCUUUUGGAAUUAACGUCGGAGACGAAGGAGCACCUGCAACAGAUCCCGACCGUGAAGUGGGUGAACACGGUGCUACGGCACAUCCCUUUGUGAUUGCAAUAGACGAUGGUGCUACAGCUUUCCCUUUCGCUAUCAACGUACAAGAUACAGGGGCAGCUGCAGCAAAUCUCGCCCAUGAAGUGGGUAAGCACGGUGAUGCUGCACAUUCCUUUGUGGUUGCAAUUGACGAUGGUGCUACAGCUUUCCCCUUCGCUAUUAACUUACAAGACAAAGGGGCAGCUGCAGCAAAUCUCGCCCAUGAAGUGGGUAAGCACGGUGCCACUGCACAUCCCUUUGUGGUUGCAAUUGACGAUGGUGCUACAGCCUUCCCCUUCGCUAUUAACUUACAAGACAAAGAGGCAGCCGCAGGAAAUCUCGCCCGUGAAGUGGGUAAGCACGGUGCUACGGCACAUCCCUCUAUGGUUGGAAUUGACGAUGGUGCUACAGCUUCCCCCCUCGGAAUCAAAGUAGAAGAAGAAGGUUGCGCAUCAUACCCUUUUGAGAGUGAUAAGAAAGAUAUGGAUGCCCAAGCAUACCCUUUGGAGAGUGAUACUUUACCAUAUCUUAGCGAGAACGAGGAAGAAGAUGUUGAUGACUCCGAGUGCCCUCUUGCGAUUGAGGAAGAAGAAAUUGAUGACUACGAGUGCCCUCUUGCGAUUGAGGAAGAAGAAAUUGAUCCUUUACCAUCCUCCCUGGUGAUGGACCAAAACGGUCUAGAUGCUUCAGUAUGUCCCCUUGUGACUGACGAAGAAAAUUCUGAUUCUUUAGCAUGCCCCCUUAUGGGUGAGGAAGAAGAUUCCAAUAACUCAGCAUGCUCCCCUGUAACUGGGGAAGAAGAUUUCGAAGCCACAGGAAGCCUUUCUGUUACUGAAAAAGAAGAUCCUAACUCUUUAGCACGCUCCACAAAUGAGGUGAACAAACCUGAUACCUCACCAUUCCCUUGUGUGAUGGAGGAAGAAGAUCUUGAUUCUUUAGAAUACAAUCCCCUGAUCGAAAAAGAAGGCCACAGUGAUUCCGUCUUUCCUCCAGAUAUUCAAAUUGAUGACGAAGAAGGUGUAACAAGUGAACCUGAAAGUAACGUUGGUUAUGAAGGUGCUGUAACAGUUCAAUCUGAAAAGGAGGCAGUAGAAGAAGAACCUGAGACUUGCCAACUAGAGUACACGAAGGAUGAACAAGACGAUCUUGGAAACUAUAUGGACGACCAAAGUGAUGCUGUAGACCUUCUUGACGGGGAGGCUGGCGUACAAGAGUAUGAUGGUAAUCAACUUACUGCUGCAGAUAAAGACGAAACUGGAAGUGACGAAGACGAGGAGUCAUCUGAAGUAACUCCUCUUGUGCAGGACUGA